AUGUCCCUCAGUGGUAACAAUGCGCCGACCGACACUCAAACUAGACUCGCCCACGCGCUGGGGUUUACCAAAUACCCAAAGGACACGACCGCCGUACCGUAUCUGAACUAUAUUCUGAAGCGACAUACUGGUACCGAGUCGAAGGAGGCGUAUAUCGAGCUCUUCGUUAAGAUCAUCGAACAUUUUCAGUCUGCUGCACCAGCAAAUGGCACAGCGACGGAUGCUACAGUGCAGUCGCUUGUGAAUGAGCUGACUCAGGCGGGGUUCGGAACGUUCUUCGCGGGCACUGCAGCUGGGGAUGUUAGGCGCAAGGAGAUUGCUGAGGAUACGGUUAUGUUGAUGCUUGGAACAUGGGCUACAAUGUACAGCUCUUUCCAGCACAAGCGCCAGCGUCGCAAAGUUGUGGCAGCAUACCGCAUGUUUGCAGAUCAGACGGGAGCGCACACUACUACGCCCUACGAUAACUCCCUUUCUGGCCUGAUUGCAGGCAGUGGCCUUCUUCCUGGUGGACAAUGGGAUCAAAGAGUGGACCUAGAGGGAGACGCGGCCUCGAAGCUCAUAUCAUUGCUACUGAGUACGUCGAAGAACCCGAAUCAAACAUCCUCGCCGGAAGUAUCUACAGCUACACCCGGACAAGCUCUGCCGAGCGGUACGUUACGCUGA